GUUCACCAGUCUGUACAUUGACCGGCCGUCCUCGCCCUUGCACCACUGCUUCCCUUACAACCCUUUCGCUUUCCAAGGUGUCGCCCAGACUUCUCGAGGCCCGGACGUGAUGCGCCUCUUUGGAUGACGCCCUGCGAAUACCCCGACGAUCUUUGAUUUCGACAUUCCAUCACCCUUCCUCCCUCCUUUCUGUGCCAAGCCUCUAGUCGCAACGGCCACAGUCAGCGUCUUCUCUCGUGUUCGAACACCGACGAAUUUUGUCCUUAAACGACCGCCAUUUCCGGGACAUCGAGGCGUCGCAUUUCGACGCUGGUCCAGCCGCGACAAUUCUUUCGAUCGUAGGCCGACGAGUUCUCCCUUUGAACUAAUCUCCUAAUUCGACACGAUGCAUUUCGCAUACCCACCACGAAAGAGCUCGAACCCGCCUCCCUUCAAGGCGAGAUCCUCCAGAAUACCACCGGUUCUUCGACGAAGUAGGCUCAAGGUCAUCGCAGCAGGCGCUCUUGUAUUCUUCGGCUUCAUAUACCUUCUCUCUGGAGCCUUCAAGUCACCUAGCGGCCCUCGACCACCCUCUGGUGACCCACCAGCGGUAAUAGUGACGGUGCUGGAUGAGGACAACUUUAGCAACAAAUAUCUCGCAAGCAUUCGCGACAACAGGAAACAAUAUGCGCAGCUACACGGCUACGAGGUGAUGUUCGUAAAGGCGGGCGAUUACGAUCUGAACGGAUCUCCAUCAUCAUGGAACAAAGUGGUGUCACUGAGGCAUGCGAUGACAAAGUUUCCAGAAGCCAGAUGGUUCUGGUAUCUCGAUCAAGACGCUUACAUCAUGGACCCGGAGACGUCUCUAGAGAAUCUGGUGUUGAAGUCGGACAGGCUUGAUACUUUGAUGGCCAGGGAUCACCCCGUCGUGCCCCCUGACAGCAUCAUCAAAACAUUCCCUCAUCUCAAAGGCGACGACAUCGAUUUCGUGGUCACGCAAGACAGAGAGGGUCUUUCUUCGAGCAGCUUCUUCAUCCGAAAUGGCGACUGGGCGAAGUUCUUCAUCGACACCUGGUUUGACCCUCUGUACCGCAGCUACAACUUCCAGAAGGCUGAGGGUCAUGCUUUGGAACACAUUGUACAAUGGCAUCCCACUAUCCUUUCGAAGCUCGCCAUUGUGCCGCAGAAGACAUUCAACUCAUACAAUCGAUAUGAUAAGGGAGAGAUCUACAAGGAUGGUCACUUUGUUGUCCGCGCAGCUGGAUGCACAAACACUGGAGAGCGGGCUUGCGACGAGGAGCUAAGUAGCUUCAAGACGAAGUGGCAGGCGGCCUUCAAGGCGCAGUAGACGGAGGCUAGAAGAGAGCAAUGCUUGUCCUCGCUAGAUGAGGACCAACGUACAGAGAAGCUCCAGGCGUUAUAUUCCCCAGGAAGCAUGAACUCGGCAUUUCAAGUGUACAAGAGCUGGACGAGGGCGUUUAUUUGGGUUUGGGGAGACCAUCUCAUGAAGGAAUUUUGUACGGGGGUUCGUGACAGAUGGUCAAGAGCCUCGGAG